AUGAGCUAUGACGCAUACCAGAUGCGGCCCGGCCAGGGGCGAGACUAUGCGCGCCAGCAGCGUCAGCAACGAUCCUACCAACUUUCCGAUGACCCGCUGAGACAGCCCGGUGCUCCGUAUGCGAACCCUGCUGGUGGUUACCCAAGUUCGGCCAGCAUGAAUCCCGAGAACCCGUUUUACGCAGCAGAGAACCCAAGCUUUCAGACGUUGGCGCCAGCUACCUCGGAAGGCCACGCCACAUAUACAUACGAAGAAGACAAGAUUCCCCUCACGGAUUCGGCUGACGAAAAAUACGGCUUCUCGCAAAACGGUCACAGCACCUACAAUCUUGCCAGUCAAAGCGGCUUCCCUCCCUCGACCCCGUGCGGAGGCCCGUCGUCCUACUCGUCUGCGCUUGGCCCCGAAGACAGCGCCAGUCAGGUGGCAUGGGCCAAGCGUCAACAAGCGCCCAAGCGCGGUCUCACCAAAAAGAUCCAGCUCACUCGUGGUCACUGGAUCGUCGAUCAUCCCGUACCCACCGCCGUCAAGAACUCGGUCGAGUCGCGAUGGUCUCAGGGCAACCGCACGCAGGAAUUUACCCAUAUGCGCUACACCGCUGCGACGUGUGACCCAGACGAAUUUACACUCGAGAAUGGCUGGAGUCUGCGUACUUCGCAGCAGUACGGGCGUGACACGGAGCUUCUGAUCGCCAUCACCUACUACAACGAGGACCGCAUUCUGCUUGCACGAACGCUGCACGGCGUCAUGCUCAACAUUCGAGACAUUUGCAAGAGCAAAUCAUCCAAGUUCUGGAGGAGGUCCGCCGAAGAAGGUCGUCCAGGUUGGCAGCGCAUCGUUGUCAGUCUCAUCUUUGACGGUAUCGAUCCGUGCGACAAGGAGGUGCUAGAUCUACUCGCUACUGUCGGCGUCUACCAGGAUGGUGUCAUGAAGAGAAAGGUCGACGGCAAGGAUACGGUGGCACAUCUGUUUGAGUACACUACACAGCUCUCAGUUGACCCCACUCCUGCACUCAUCCAGCCGCACGCCGAUGACGCUUCCAACCUGGUCCCCGUCCAGAUGAUUUUUUGCCUCAAGCAGAAGAACAGCAAAAAGAUCAACAGCCAUCGCUGGCUCUUUAACGCGCUCGGUCGCCAUUUGCAGCCCGAACUUUGCGUGCUCAUCGACGCCGGUACCAAGCCAGGCCACAAAUCGCUCUACUAUCUCUGGGAGGCAUUCUACAACAACGCGAAUCUUGGCGGUGCCUGUGGCGAGAUCCACGCCAUGAUCAAGAACGGCCGCAAGCUCAUCAACCCGCUCGUCGCUGCGCAGAACUUUGAGUACAAGAUGUCCAACAUUCUCGACAAGCCGCUCGAGUCGACGUUUGGCUACGUCAGCGUUCUUCCCGGUGCGUUUAGUGCGUACCGCUUCCGCGCGAUCCAAGGCCGGCCGCUGCAGCAGUACUUUCACGGCGACCAUACGCUGGCUGAUCGGUUGGGCAAGAAGGGUUUGCAUGGCAUGGACAUUUUUACCAAAAACAUGUUCUUGGCCGAAGACCGCAUUCUGUGUUUCGAGCUGGUGGCCAAGGCUGGCGACAAGUGGACUUUAACCUAUGUGAAACCGUCCAAGGGAGAAACCGACGUGCCCGAAGGCGCAGCCGAGCUCAUCUCGCAACGUCGCCGUUGGCUCAACGGUUCGUUUGCUGCCUCGAUCUACUCGCUCGUGCACUUUUUCCGCAUCUACAAGUCGAACCACGGCAUCAUUCGGCUGUUCUUCCUCCACAUUCAGGCGCUCUACAACGCCAUCGUUCUGCUGUUCUCCUGGUUUGCGCUGGCCAAUCUUUGGCUAACGUUUUCGAUCAUUAUCGAAUUCUUGCCCGACGAGCUGCUCAAGAAUUCGUCGCAUACGACGCUCGUCGUAUUCCACUGGAUCAACCAGGCUGCCAAAUGGAUCUACGUGUUUUUCCUGGUGUUGCAAUUUGUGCUUGCGCUCGGCAACCGGCCCAAGGGAGAAAAGCCGACGUACAUUGCAUCUUUCAUCGUGUUUGGCAUUUUGGGUCUCUACCUGAUCUUUGUCUCGUUGUGGUUGACGCUCAAGGCGCUUCUCGAGACGAGCGUGUCGGGCAACAUUUGGCAUACGCUGUUCAACCAGACUACGGGCGUGCUGAUCGCGGCGUUGGCGGCGACGUUUGGUAUCUACCUGAUCGCGUCGAUCCUGUACGCGGAUCCUUGGCACAUGGUAACGUCGUUCCCGCAGUACAUGAUGAUCGCUCCGUCGUUUAUCAACAUUCUGAACGUGUACGCAUUCUGCAAUCUGCACGACGUCAGCUGGGGCACCAAGGGAUCGGACAAGGCGGAUGCACUGCCUACGGUGGAUACCAAGAAGGACAAGUCGACCGAGCCGGGCACCGUAGAAGAAAUCGAACGCCACCAAGACGAUAUCGACGAGACGUUCAAGGCAGUCGUGUCGCGCGCCGUGGCGCCGUUCAAGCCGGCCGAGACGGUGGAGAAGCCGACAAUGGACGAUAGCAAUAAGACCUUCCGUACGCGUCUGGUGGCUUUCUGGCUACUCACCAACGGUGCGUUGACCGUCGCCAUCGAAAACGUCAAUGGGCUCAACACCGGCUUGACCAACAAGCAGAUCGAGCAACAACAGAGUUCCAAGCAGUCGACCUACUUCAGAAUCAUCCUGUGGGCCACGUUUGGACUGUCAGCUUUCCGCUUCAUCGGUUGCUUGAUCUACUGGGUCAAGCGCAACUCGACGCGGUGCUUCCGAAAGACCUGA